CCGCGCGCGCAGAGUAUCUUAAUAAAAUUCUAAUGGAAAAUUACGCACCAACAGAUUUUUUAUUUAUUUGUACUAUUUAAGUGUUAAUAAAAAUCUAUAGGGUAACGUUUUCCAAAAUAAAAUAUUCGCCGUUCUAAACUUAAACGGCGAAAGUAUAAUGCAUUAUAACCUCAAAGCUGAUAUUGUUUUCCGUUAUAAAUUUUAAAAUCUCUUAAGUUUAAUAUGCAGAAGUUACAAGAUAGUGUUUUUUCGAUCAUAAAGACUACAAACCUUUCACCUGCCGUGUUCAGUUAUUUGCAGCCAUCGGAAAAUGCAGAAAACGUUCCUCUGGGUGGUAUCCUUAGUGACACCAAGCAUGGCUGGCUGGCCCUGGGCACCAAGUUCUGUGUUGUUGAUCUUAGAACCGGGCUGAAGGUAGCCGCUAGGACCUUUGGAGUCCCUUACAGCAACACCAACUGUACAAUCACCAGCGUAAUAGAACUACCCACACCGCUAACUGAAAACUCCAAGCAGCUGAUCAUCUGCCUAGAAUGCGAGGAUCUCACUGGCCUCAUCUGUGUACUCCAUGUUAAUGGCUCGCAGAUCCUCCGGUGCAUCCAGACAGAUGUGGUGAUUACAGAGAUUGCUGUGUGCGAUGAGGUACCCGAUGGGCCGUUGACAUGCUUUGAUGGAGUUAUUAUGGCUGGCUCAAAGAGAGGAGAAAUAUUUGCUUUUGAUCUGAAUAGAGCCAGUCUUAUUCAAGCAUUAAAAGACAUAUCGCAAGGCUACGAGCACCUAGUCCGAAUGGAGUCCAACCCAGCCAACCUAGCGUUCCUGUCCCUCAACGCUGUCCCCCAAAUAGACCAACACAGAGACCAGGCCUUAGAAAACGACGACCAUCUCGCCAUAAUCCUCAACGAAAACUCACUAGUCGAUGGCCAGUAUUUAUUUAGGAACCCAGACGGUUCGAUCCGAAUGAAGGCAAAACAGGAUCAUAUAAGAGUAUCGUCUCUUCAGUAUGUUCCGCAGUUGGGUAGUUUGGCGGUGGGGUAUAAUUUUGGGGCGUUCCAGAUUUGGAAUAUGAUGAGUUUGGAGUUGGAGUUUGCGUCUCAGGUCAAUCGGGAAUGCUUGCCGGUCACGCAUUUUGGAUUUCAGGAGCCCUGUGACGACCCCAGAGCCUUCUGCUAUCUCUGGGCAGUAUUCUCCGUGAUGGAACGGUUCGAGGAAGAAGAGUUCCCUCUGGCUGUCAUGUACUCCCUCACCUAUCAGGGGAAGAGAAUGCUUUCAGACACCAAAUGUCUUUAUCAGGACUUCAUGAUGGCGACCAUCAGGUUUCAAGUGGAAUUAAGUGUGAUGGAGAAUGCGGGACAAUUUAUCGGGGGUCGCUGCGUGUCGUGCCACGCAUACUCCGUCAGUUCCACCUUAGGGGAGGAGGGCGAAGAUAGCAUGCUGAACAUCUGCCAACUAGUCUGGGAGUGUUGGGGCGAGAACGUAAAUUCUGCAACGGAAUAUGGGAUGCUGUUAUUCGAUCUAGACCAGUGGUACAAGGAUCAGAUGCCUUCAACAUACGGCCUACAAAGCAACGCCUUCAUGAGCGCAUCAUGGUGCGGGCAGCUGACCACGGCCGGGACUCGAACCCUGGACGUCCGGCUGCAGCCCGGCUCCGUGACGCCAUACUCGCACGCCACACGCCUCGAGGAACACUUCUACCCCAACUCCAUACAUUACAAUUGCAUCUGUCUAAAUACGUCCGACGCCUGUGUACUAAACACAGCCGGUAUACAGCGACAGAUCAUGGCGUCCAUCGACGACACCGGUCCCACCGCUCUCCUGAACCCGCCGCGGCUCUACCACGCGUGUGUGGCGGCGGGUCUGACGCCGUUGUAUAUGGACGGCUUGUUGACCAACCCCAGUGCGGAGGAGCAACGGAGAUUUCUACUAUCGGUGGCACUGGAAGCUCGCCUGGCACGAUUUCUGAAACGUUGCGCCCAUGACUGGGCCACGGGCAGCCAUCAUGGGGUCGGCUGUACUCUCACAUUCUUGGUGGACUGGUGCUGGCGCCGCGCCAUACAACUAAAAGAAAACGCUAAGGAGCUCACUGCUCCGCUGUUCUCUUCUUCUUCCUUGCCCGACAGGAAUGUAGUGCGAUGCUUGGAGCACUGUGUACAACAGUUGACGCAGUUGACCGGCUUACUGGACGCCAUCCUUACCAAAUGCUGCAACCUCAUAGUUCCUGAUGCUCUGAGCGAGAUCGAGGAGAAAUACAAAGGAGUGGGUACGGUGUCACUUUACUUCCAAGUAGUGCAAUGGUUUCUCCGAGUAGGACUGUUGCCCGAGAGACACCAAGAACUUCCGUAUCCAGCACGGCAGCUCAAUGAAAUAUACACGAAAAGGCGAAUGAAACUGCAACGGUUACAAAGUGGACUACCCGAUGAGGAGUCGAGCAAAUCGUGCUCGUUACUCUACAUCGACCAGCUGAUUGAGCAUGAGUUCGGUGGCGAAAGGAUACAGCAAAUGUGGCUGAAAGGCGGCAGCGAGACCAACGGCCUGUAUCCACCGCCCUCGCUAUAUUCACUCCUGCGACUAUAUCUACUGCCCGACAUCGCUGAGGAACACAAGCACUCACUAGUGCUGUAUCUGCUAGUUGAUUACUCUAUGGUUUAUGAAGUCAGAUACGAGGCGGUGGUGCGGAGGUUGAUGCAGUUCCCGACGAUGUUCGGGUUGAGCAACACCGCCAUUAAAGCCACGCAGGCCUUCUGGCAUCUCGACCACAGGGAUUUCGAUUUCGCCCUCGACCAACUCCAAUGCCUGACGGGCAACACGCUCGCCCCCUGGCAACACCACGCCGUCCUCUCCUCCCUCCUCGCGCAGAACAUGUCGCAAGCCGCCCUACAAUACCUUCACGUUCGAAAACCCGCGCCCAUACAAAACAACAGGGUCAAUGACCAUGAUAAACUAGAAGAUUGGCAGAGCUGUUGUAAUCUAUACUUGGCUAGAAAGUUGGUAUUUGAGGCGCUGGAUGUGGUCAGAAUGUGUGUGCAAAACGCUGGGAGUUUAGAGGAAAAGCUACAUGUGUUAAACUUCUUUUUCAAAGGGUGCCGCAACACAGGACAGUUGUGUAAGAUCCUCCAGGUGACCCUGCUGCCGUUCGAAGAGGAGGCCUUCAUAAAGUACUUAGAGAAGUGCAACGAACCGCACACCUCGGAUAUACUCAUCAUGUACUACUUGCAGCAGGCCAGGUACUUGGAAGCGCAACAACACAACUGUAAACUCCGCCACGCGAAACGCACAAACAUCUCAUCAUCAUCAUCGUCCAUCGUGGACGUGAUGGACCGACAGCAGGCACGCGACACUCUGGUAGAAGUGGUGUGUUCGUCGCUGCCGACCAUAGCGGCCAGAGUGGCGCAUAUGGCGCUCAGCGACCACUGCGAACCGCACAUUCUAGCAGCAAAGCCGAUGUCCGUGUUUGUUCAAGCGAAAUCUCCCAAAAACACGUUUACAUACAAAUCGUCUUUUAUUCAGGACACAAUAGAGAACGCCAGUGAGACCUGGGUAAAUAGACCCAAGAUGAGGCGCGGGAUCAAACGAGCGCUCAACAUUGAGGACACACCCUUCAUCUGUACUCCGAAGUUAUCAAGAACCAAGAGUAUAUUCUCCGACUUCCACUCCUCGGACACGCCGCCCAAGCGCGCCCGCCUCGCCGGCGCCGCCGCCGCCGCCGGCGCCCGCGCGCCGCGGGGAGACCGCGCCAUCAGCCGCCAGCUGGCCACGCUACUAGAUAUGCCCGAAGUGCACACUCCGGAUGGCAACAUAUAUGAUAGAAGCGGCGCUGGGACGCCUCAUAGUAUACUUAAGAUAAGAAACUCGGCCCUCGGUCGCGACGCGCCCUCGCCGGUCGAUUCCCGUUACCUCGGCGAGAGUGAUGACGAAUUAUUGGAGACGGCCAGCAACCACACACACUACAGCGACUCCACCAAUAAACAUCUACGGUUCACAAUCCCGACGGCCUCCGAGUCGGGUUCAACGCCCUCGCCGCAACCCGCUCCUUUUACUGCCGAAGUGCGAGAGAGAGAACCAGUACGACAGAAAGAGAUGGACGAGUCUAUGGAGAGUUUCGUUACUUCUACGAGUACCGCGCAUCCUAUGAAAGAUGACAAUCCUUUCGAGUCUCCUCUGAAGAAAUUAGCUACAGAAGAAAAGGUUUCAUCUCGAAAGUCUUACAAAGAUAACGUUCGGGCGAGACGUUCCCUCUCAAUCUCCGCCAACAGCAGCCUAUCCGAGGACCCGAACACCUCCAUUGAGAGCAUCGCCGACAUACCCAUCACCCUCAUCAACCCCCGCUACCGCAAGACAGAGACGCCUGACCAGCGGGAGCGAGGCAGCGCAUCACCGAACAAGACAGUUGGUGAAGAAAGCAGUUUGUCGCCGAGUCGCAGGACAUCUGAGAAGGGGGAGACAGAGAUGGAAAUGGGGGAAAGAGAUAGCGUGCCGCGGACGCCGCGGGGAAGGCGCGGGAUUAGGGGCGGCGGGGAGAGUACACCGUUGGCUAAUAGAAGUCGUUCCGGCACACCGGAGCACGUCGACUCUCCCAUAAUAACACCGUUGCGGCCGAGCAGAAAUACAAGGAGCAGAUCUCGUACACCGGAAAUAAGUCCGCGUGCGUCCCCUCUAGCUCCUAUCCCGGAACAACCCAGACAGGAAGUGGAAAGUGAACCACAUCCGGUCAAGACCACACUUAGUGUGCAAAGCCGUUUAAGAAGCCGUUCUCGUACCCCUGAUAGAAUGGAGAAGGUGGCCGAAUCUCCGCGCCUCGAGGCCAUCUCGGAGUCUCCCGCCAAGCCAGAGGAGCCCGAGUCGCCGCGAAGAAGACUUCGAAGUCGAUCUCGCUCGCCACAAGUUGAAAUCGAAGUGCCUAAGAGCCCGAGGACUCUAAGAAGCCGUUCAAAGACGCCAGAAAAACUCAUGUCUCCCAAAGCCGACCGCACAAGUAAGGCCAAAAAAUCUCUCACCAGAAUAGUGUUAGAAGCCAACACGUUCAAAGCCAAAAACACUGAACCCGAGCCAGAACAAACUAAAGAAAACGAAGAAUUAAUCGAAUGUACGCCGAUGAAGCCUAAACAAGCCGCUACCAUGGAUGUAUCCUUCUCUCCAAUUGUAAACAAAUCUGUACUCACUGUAACUCCAGACAAAGUACAGUCAGCAGACAGCAGCAAAACUAAUAUCGAAAAUUUACCAGCUUUUACUAAAAUGAACGAAAUGCAAUUCGGUAAAUCGAUACUACAAAGCUGCGAAAGCAGCGCUGUUGAAACUUCACAAGAAGUCGAAAAAGAAAAGGAUAAUGAAUCGGCUAAUAUUAAAACGCUACCAGCAUUUACUUCAAUGAACGAUAGUAUAUUUGCCAAAUCUGUGCUACAUAGUUAUGAAAGCAGUAUUGCAGAAAGCUCGAGCAUACAUGAAGUUUCUGGUACUAAAGAGAUAUCAGUUACAAAAGUAACCAAAACAGAAGUUUCAAUCGCUUGCAAGUCUGUAUUAAAAGACCAAUCCAGUCUUUUGACCAAUGACAGCGAAUCUGAGAGCGAAGAUAAUAAGUCUAAUUGGAAGGAACGUACAGAACGCGUAGAAGGUACGGCGCAGGAUAUCCAGAAGGAGAAGGAGAGAAUAGUUGAGAUUGAGAGGGAGAUUAAUGAGAUAGAGGGAGACAUGAGCGAUGAGGAGGGGUCGACUGAUGAGGAGAUUGUCGAGGGAGCUAAUGAUGAUGAUACUGAUGAAGAGAGUUCGGAGGGAGAUGAUUCAAUGUCAGGUUCCGGCGACGACGAGAUAAUAUCAAUCGGGGACUCGUCAGCCGAGUCCAACGACAUACAACUCGACGAACAGACUUCAUCCGACAGUAACAGACAAAACAGACAGAUCGAAGAACAACUCGACGAACAGACCUCAUCCGAUAGCAACAGACAGAUCGAGGAGCUGGAAGUCAAUGUCAGGGAAAGUCCGGACACGACGGAACAGACGGAUAGAGAUCCAUUGAAUCAGGCGCGCGUUUCGCUGCUUACUGAUGACAAUUCGAUGUCAGAUAAUGAGAUGGAUCUCAAUUACGAUGAUGAUGAUGAGGAGGAGGAGGAAAGUAAGACAACAGAAACGGAUUCAGCGAAAAUUGAAACCGAAACACCGACAACUCAAAACGAAGCAGCAAAAACUGAAACCGUAACAGCAGAAACUGAAAUCAAAACAGCGGAAACUGAAAUCAAAACAGCGGAAACUGAAAUCAAACCAUCGAAAACGGAAACACACGCAGUUAUAAAGAUAGACGUAGUUGUUGAAGAAGUAAAUCCUAUUGAAGAAAAAGAAACUCCUACUGCUGCGGCUGAAGCUAAGAGUGCUGAUGUCGUUGACGCCAGUUCAGUUAUAAAUAAGCCGGAAGAAAUGGAAGUAGAUCCUAUUAUAUAUAAAACAGUUGAUGUCAUUCCUAAAGAAAAUAUUGAAAAAGAUAAGACAGACAAAGAGGCAGCGGCUGAAAAUAAACAAGUUGAAAAAGAAACGAAAGAGUUACAAAAAAUUAUGGAAGCUACAGAACAGUGUAAAAAAACAGAAGAAAAUACAGAAAAGGAAAAACCAGAAUCUCGUCUACGCAAACGCGCAUCGUCAACAGCAUCUAAUAAAUCUAACAAAAAAGAUGAUAAUAAAAUGGAUGUCGACAAAACAGAAAAUGUCGAAAUUAGAAAACCUACGACGAGAAAGCGCGCUAAAUCUACAACCUCCAACCAAUCUGAGGAAGUAGAAGAAACGCCGAGCAAAGUUAGUAAUCCGACUCCGGCUAUGAGAAGGCUUAUGGCUAAACGUGAGUCUAAAGAAGGAGAGAAUAAGGUUGAGAGUUCAGUGACUCCGCAGCGGCGGGCGACGCGCAGUCGGAGUAAGAAUGAUGAUAAUGUCAGUGUGACGUCAGAGGAUUCGGUCAGGUCGACGAGGAGUAAGGCGAGUGAGAAGGAGAAGAAGGGAAGGAAGUCGAUAGUGGCUGUUAAACCGGAACUAAGCGCUAUUCCGGAAAUGUCCGUGGAUGAGUCAAAGGAUGUCAGCGAGUAUUCUAGCUCGAGAAGGCUGACGCGGCACCAGAGGUCGCUGCUGUCCACGCUGGAGCUGCGGCCGCGCGUGGGCCGCGCCGGCGACCACGUGGGCGACGACGAAAGGGAGCCGUUCGACGUGCAACCCAUCGACAGGAUCAGCUUGCUCAACAAGACCGACUUUGAAGGUUCCCCCGACUCGUCCGAGCCCGCGCGACAAUCGCCCGAAACAGAAUCUACCGUGUCGCACUCCUCUGGCCGUAGAACUCCCCGCAUGGCAAGAGCGGCGUCAGAGUCGAGAACUGUUCCGAAAGCGGCCAAAAUUGGCAGAAGAGUUUCUGUAGAUAUUGUGUCGGAGUCGGGGGUGGGGUCGCCCGGCAGCCCGGCGCGGCCCGGGCGGCGGGCUUCCUUCACCAGAGCCUGCGAGGCGCUCCACACGCCUAAAGGACGGCGCGUUUCUACGGAUCUCAGGAAGGAAACAGAUAGUGGGGCGGGCUCCCCCGGCUCGGAGGCGUCGGGCCCCGCCACGCCGGCGCGUCGCGGCCGCCGCGCCUCCACGCAAUCCAAUACUAGCGUCACUAAAGAAACUGGAAAACGGUCCAAAAAGUUAUCGACCGUAGAAGAAAGUGAUGCCAAGAAAUAAUUACUAUUUUUAAGUGUAGGUUAUAUUUAUUUUGUUUAGUUGCAUUUAUUAUAUAAAUAGUCGAACCAGAAAUAAAUUUGUAGUUAUACUGUAAAUUAAGCGUACUUACAUACUAAGGCAUAAUGAAACGCAAUAAAAUAUUAUUUCUGGUGAGCCUAUUAUUAAGUAACUUUUGUUUUAUUUAUUUACAUUUUCCACUAAGAAAUAAAAGUCGGAUUAACAA